CCCGACUUAUAGUCUACCUACUCGUAUAUCCUUGGGUUCUUAGAAUCAACUCUAAUCCUUUACCGAUACAUCUGGCUUUGCCUUGAGCCGGUUGGUUGGCAGCCAUGGACAUUCUCGGCAGACACCGCAUCGCGUUCAAUAACCUAGGAGUGCAGCUUUUUGCGGAUCUUGAGAGGGACCUAGCUCCCGUGUUAACAAAAGGGUUGGGUGAGAAGGCAGAUCUGGAGAGGGUAAUUGCGGAGCAGAAGGAACUUUUGCAGGAGAGGCAAGCUUUGGUUGAUGCAUAUCAGAGCGCUAGCGAACAACAGCAGCAGAAAAUCCGAGAACAGGAGAACCGGCUACAGAGUCUGGGCUAUGGGAUAGCCAAAACCGAAAUUGAGAACGAAGCUCUGGUGGAAAGACUUGAAGAGAUUGAAAAGGCUGAUAGAGAGCGUCAGCGUAGAGCGCUAGCUAUCACCAAGGAUAAAUCCUUAGAAAACAAAGAAAAUAUACCACCUGUUUUUAAUUAUCUCGCACAAAACACCCCGAGUCGAACCCUCACACGGCCAGUAUCCCCACCUCCAAAGCCUCUGAAUAAGCCACGGAUACCAUCGAGCACUCCAGCAGGCGGAGCGACACGAACACUAUUUUCUUACAAAGAUGGUGAAGUUCAAACGGACCCUAUUUACUCGUUGGACGAUCUAAAGAAGGCGUAUCAGGAACUUGCUUCUAGCUACAAUGAUAUUCAUUAUGAGCUCGAUCAGUACAAGGAGGCAUACAGUCGUCUGGCCGAGAAAUAUGCGCAGAAUAAGGCUGUUUGGAAACAGUGGUCUGAGCAAGAAAACACUCGAUUGAUUAAUUCAAAGAAGAGAAGGCUAGAGGAAGGUACUACUGAACUGCGGGCUGUGGGGCGGAGGAUUAACGGCUAUACAACCCCAGCCACAUCAAUAACUGGGGGCUCACCUACUUCUAGAGCGCCAAAUAUAUCCCCUAUCAAACCACGGUUCCGACCAUCUGUCGUUCAUUCAUCACCGAAAAAUGGAGGACUAUUUCACGAACUUCUAGAGUCUGGUGCUGGCAUGGCAGGGGAGGUUAAAGGGUCCUUCGAGCUUGUUGGUGGGAAAGGUCUGGUAGGGGGUGGCCCGAAAGAGGGCUCAGUAGAGUUGCCUUCUUCGCCUCUCAGCAGUCCUCCCUCGUCUUUAUCUACCCCCGAGACCCAGGUACCAUCAAGAACCCUUGGAGCUACCCGGAAUUCUAAAUCGCGCGAUGAUGGCGACUCAACGGAGAGUGAUGACGAGCCUAGGCCUAGCAAUCGUUGUAACGACGCACUCGAGUCUGUUAUACCUUCUCGGGAUUCUGCUUUUAAAAUCCCUGUGGUUAAGGAAGAGACAGGCGCCUGCGGUCGUGGCCGUAUCAGUCAGGAAGGUGAUAGUAUGGCACGGCCUGUAGUCAUCAAAAGUGAAUCCCAUACAAGUAGUGAGGGUCUUGGCUAUCAUAUGUUUGAUCAAGAGAGUCUUGAUUUGGAUGAUAUCGGACAAAAACCUCAAACACCCCGAAAACGCCAGAAGCCCCGCUAUCCUGAGCUAGGAGCGUCGGAGAAUAUCGGCAGGCUCGGCUGGAUUAGCGGGGGAUUUAGAAUCGCUCCCACCGGGGAUACUGGGGAGGCACAGGAUGCUGAAAAUGAUUUGCCAGUACCUAUUUUUCCUCCUUCCGCAGUUGGUGAGGGAAAACCUGUGGGUAUAUGGCCAGACUCUCAGUUAGUGCGGCCAACGACCCCAGUGCAAACGGCCGGGGCCGGGCCUAGGAGCAGCUUUCCAAUUUCUGCUGAAAACGAGGGUAGCAAAACACACCCACCUCUCAGACGAUCUAGCCGAACGAGUGCUACUCGAAAGACCCUUUCACCAACUACCAAAGCGAAGAAGCUCAAUGCCCACUCGCCACCAAAAGCGAAAAAGCGCCGCAUGGCAACAUCUAGAGCUAUAGCUAGCCUCGCAGAAGAUGGUACAGAUGGAUGCGAGGACAUAAACACCUCUUCCAUUCAUCCACCGAUGGUACUGUCGGAAAAGCAAAGGAAGCAGCUUGAAAGAGAUAUGAAAGGCACAACCCGGUUGGAUGAUAUAUUAAAUUCGCCUGCAUCCCGGACACCAAACUUGGCGCGUCUUAAGAAGAGUAUACAAUCUAGAACCUCUCCGGUCAGGAAACGGACUUGGGGCGGUGACGGAUUCGGGGCACCCCAGGUUCGGCCCCCAAGUAGUGCUGGCCCGUCUACUUCUGCAUGGCGUGCAGGAGGAAAUAUGAAAUCAAAGGCGCGCGAUAUAAGUAGUACCUUGGAUAUUUCUGAUUUCCGAGUCAACCCUGAAGUGAAUGAUGGCAAAGACUAUGCAUUCGCAGAAACGGUCAGGAAUCGUGACGCAAGGAAAUGCUUACCAGGAUGCAUGAAGACCUGUUGUAGGGAUCUUGUUGGCUUCACGGAGGCUGCCGGACUGCCUGCUGUGAGCAAGGGCCCUAGGUGGAGAUCCAGUUCGCCCGCCCCUGUUGACGGUUGUGAUCUGCCUAGGAGGAACCCGAGAAAGGAGUCAGUGAGUAGGGAGGACAAAGCCAAGGAGUUUACAAAUCGGUAUGGAAGGCAUCGAGAUGCAUUCGAGAGGCGUAGGAGCCCACCUGGUUUCUGGGAUGCGGACUUUCCAACAACGCCAGAGCUGGAACAACAGCGGGUAGUGGCCGAAGAAAUGAGAAGGAAGAAGGUAGAAGAUAUGAGGAAGGAGGCGGGGAAAGGCAACAAAGGCAGAUAUGUUUAUAGGGAUUAAGGUCAUCGUUAUUGUUUUCUUUCCCGCAUAGUCUGCUGAUAUAUUAGCUAUGCAGCAUUUAUUUUGUGUCAUUACCGGCUUUUUUUCAAGGAAGGUAAUCUAGCUUUUUAAUUGCAAAAUACGGGGAUCAUAGGGACGUUUUUCGGGUGCGCAUGUAUUACAAAUGCAUCGUUUUU